UAAUUUAGACUGAAUGGGUAAAGCAGUCAUAUUGUAUGGAUUUGCUAUGGCUGAGCAACCAGAAGCCAUAAAACAAUUUCUGGAGCAAAUUUUGGGUGAAGGGACUAUCACUGAUGUGGGAGUCCAGCAAAAUGAAGGUUCAAGGGCAUAUGCUGUUGUGCACUUCGCAACCAGUGAAGCUGCAGAAAGGAUCAAGUCCUUGGCCGAUGAACGCCUUUUGUAUGGGAAUUCCUCUUUGAUAGCUCAAUAUAUGGGUGAGGGACCAAAACCCUGUCACGUUCAGCAUCGGAUUAAUAAUGUACAAUUGCACUUUGGUUAUCACAUGUCAGAGAAAAAGUUUUCCUCGCUAUGGAGUCACGAAAAUGUUUCGGUGAAGUUUGGAUUGGGACUAAGAAAAUUUAUCUUUUUUCUAUCUCAUCACUCUGUGGAAUAUAAACUUGAUCUUCCGUACGAGAGCAUCACGCUAGUUGAACUGCGGCAACUACAAGACAAGAGGUUUCUCAUCAUUCAGUUAUUUGGUGUUCCUCGGAUAUAUUCAAAAGAUGUGCCUGAGCAGGGCUUUUUUAGAGACGACAGUAGUGUCCAGUGGGUUCGUGAAGUUGAUUUUACUCCAUCCUCUUGCAUUGGUCAAUCAGCUGCAAUAUGUUUGGAACUUCCAAGCACAGGUUAUCUUUCGGGUUUUCAGAAAGAUUUUGCUUACUAUAAAGAAACCGAAGGGAAGUUCGUCGUGAAGAGAGGUUCGACUUCCUCUUGCAACUCUGAUCAUGUCCCCAUUGUAAGUCCUCCACAAGGAUCUAACUUGCCAUUUCGCAUCCUGUUUAAGAUUAAUAUGUUGGUUCAGCAUGGUUAUAUUCCUAGGCCAGCAGUAGAUGAGAAAUUCUUUCGGAUGGUUCAACCGCAUAGAAGAAAUGUAGUAUUCGUAGAACAUGCUCUUGAGACACUGUUUCAUUCAAGACAAUAUUGCUUUAAACCAAGGCGGUGGCUUAGAUCAGAAUACCAGAAGUACAGCAUGGCUGCUAGACCUCUUAUGUUGCCUGCCAUCAGUUUAAGUCACGGAUUGGAAUAUAUGAGAAAGGUUCUAGUCACCCCAUCUAAAGUAUAUUUCUUUGGCCCAGAGAUCAUUCUAUCAAACCAUGUUUUACGCGCAUAUUCUGAUGACAAGGAGAAUUUUAUUCGUGUUUCUUUUGUUAACGAGGAUCUGGAGAAAUUACGUGCAACAGAUUUGUGUCCUCCAGCAUCUUCAACAAAUACAGAAAGGCAUACUAGAGUUUAUCAUAGGAUAUUAUCCACUUUGAGAAAUGGCAUUGUUAUUGGAGAUAAAAAGUUCGAAUUUCUGGCCUUUUCUAAUAGUCAACUGAAGGAGAAUUCUUUGUGGAUGUUUGCAUCUAGACCUCGGCUGACUGCACGUGAUAUCAGAGAAAGGUUGGGUGAUUUUAGCGGAAUAAGGAAUGUGGCAAAAUAUUCAGUAAGACUUGGUCAAUCAUUCAGUUCCUCUAUGGAAUCUGUGGAUGUUGAUGGCGAUGAAAUUGAACUAAUUCCUGAUAUAGAAGUUGAAAGAGGUGGAGUCAAAUAUGUUUUCUCCGAUGGCAUUGGAAAAAUAUCUCGUCAAUUGGCUACUACUGUUGCUAAAAAAUGUGACUUCAGAAAUGUUCCAUCCGCCUUUCAGGUUCGAUAUGGCGGGUAUAAAGGUGUAGUCGCCGUUGAUCCAACUUCUUCGGUAAAGUUAUCAAUGAGACCAAGUAUGUCUAAAUACAAAUCAGAUAAUGUUAGUCUUGAUAUAUUGGCAUGGAGUAAGUAUCAACCUUGUUAUCUUAAUCGCGAACUGGUGAUACUUUUGUCGACUCUCGGUGUUCAGGAUUGUGUGUUUGAAAAGAAGCAGAAGUAUAUGAUUUCUCAACUGGAUUCAAUUUUGACAGAUCCAUUAAAGGCACAAGAAGCGCUUAACUUGAUGUUUUCAGGAGAGAUCACUCAUCUCUUGAAAGAUAUGCUCGAUUGUUAUUCUAAGCCACAAGAAGAACUAUUUCUUUCCAUGAUGUUACAAACAUUUCAGUCAUCAACUUUGAAAGAUUUGAGAACCAAAACAAGGAUCUUUGUCCCAAGAGGACGAACAAUGAUGGGGUGUCUUGACGAGACGGGAAGCUUAGAAUAUGGUCAGAUAUUUGUGCAAUGUUCAGGUCGCCACAGUGACUUAUCGAACAAUUUCUUAGCUUUGUUCAGGCGUAAAGUAUCAAAUCAAAGCGAAAUUGUGAAGGGAAUGGUAACCGUCGGAAAAAAUCCAUGUCUACAUCCUGGAGAUGUUCGUGUUCUUAAGGCUGUCGAUGUUCCGGCCUUGCACCACUUGGUGGAUUGCAUAGUAUUUCCGGCUAAAGGAACGAGACCUCAUCCAAAUGAAUGUUCGGGAAGUGAUUUGGAUGGUGAUAUUUAUUUUGUUUGUUGGGAUCCUGAUCUCAUCCCUCCUUGUCUGUAUCCACCGAUGGAUUAUACUUCAAUGGCACAAAAGAUUCAUCAUAAUGAAGUUACAAUUGAGGAUGUGGAGGAGCUUUUCGUAGAUUACAUGGCCAAAGAAAACUUGGGAAGAAUCUGUCAUGCUCAUAUUGCAUUUGCAGAUAAGAGUCCUGACAAGGCAAUGUGUAAACAGUGUAUUGAGCUUGCAAAGCUUGCCUCCAUAGCCGUCGACUUCUCAAAAACUGGUGUGCCUGCAAUUAUUCCUCGACAUUUACAAGUUAAUUUCUUUCCAGAUUACAUGGAAAAGCCUGAAAGAGAAUCGUAUGAAUCGAAAACUGUGAUCGGGAAACUUUAUCGCGAGGUAAAAGAUCUUGUACUAAAGAUGGAAACUAUCAAACCGUUCACCGCAGACGAGGCGAGUCAGUUUUAUGAUCUUGACAUGGAAGUGGAGGGCUUCAGGGACUUCAUUGAUGAUGCUUUUUAUUACAAAAAUGAGUAUGAUUAUAGACUGGGAAAUUUGAUGGACUAUUUCGGCAUAUCAACUGAGGGUGAAAUACUCAGCGGUCAAAUCACGAAAAUGGCUAAAUCCUUCAGUAAGAAAAGGGAUUUGGAAGGGAUCAAAUUGGCAGUGAAGUCCUUAAGAAGGGAAGCCAGGGAUUGGUUCAACAUCAAGGCUAAUGAAUCGGAUGGUCCAGAGAGAGAACACGCGAAAGCAUCCGCUUGGUAUUAUGUUACAUACCAUCCAACUUUCUGGGGUCGAUACAACGAAGGACUAAAUCGCCAACAUUUUCUGAGUUUUCCAUGGUGUGUUCAUGGUAAACUUCUUGAGAUCAAGAAACAUAGGCAGAAUACCUUAAGGGAAUUGCAUCUUUCUUCAUUAAGUGGAUAAAUUUAAGUGUGUGUUUAUUAUUAUUCAGUUUGAGUGUCCAACUUUAUGCUUCUGUAUUGUGUUGAUUGUUGUGUGUUUGUAAAUAUUACAAGUGUUGGAAAACUUAUUGUAAAUACCAAUUUGUUAUACAAUAAAUCUCUUAUUUGGUGGAUUGCCUGAAA